UGUGGUCAUCCAUCCUCCUCCCGCCGUCGCCUCUUGGCCUCCUUCCUGGCCCUCUUCCUCUCCCUCUUCUCCUUCUUACGCGCCUUCCUCUCUCGACGCCUCUCCCUCUCACGCCUGUCGCUGCUGCUGUCUGCCUCACUGUCGCUGUUGGCCUCACUCGUGUCGUCAACCACCUCCACGUCAAGUCGCUUCUUCUUCCCUGAUGGCGGUUGGGGUGGUUCGUCCGGCUCAGCUGCGCAGUCCUUUCUUGGUGGCUGCUGCUGCAGUGAGAUAAGUUCCUGCGAGUCGCCGAGUUCGUACGGUGGAGGGGUGGGGUGAGGGGUGAGCUGCGCCAGCCAGAGGUUGAUCUCUUGCGCCAGCGAUGCCGCAAGCCUCACGCCCUCCAGCGACUCGGAAUACACCGCCUGCAGACAGACAGACAGACAGGCAGACGGACGUGGGUCGACCCACGUGCAGAUGGGUUGGUAUGUAUUUGCCUGUGUGGCCAUGCCAUACCUUGAGGCUUGUCAGUCUCUUGGCGACCUGCUUGGCUGCCGUCACGAUGGCCUCACUUUUUGUGCGCUCCUCCUCGUUGUGGCCCAUGAGCUGCACACGGUAGCUCUUGAGCCCCUCAUAGAAGACACCGAACCGACGCCACGUGGACGCCUGGUGCAGCACAUGGGGCUCACUAAAGAGACGCUCGACCACAGAAGCAGUCUCCUCCAGCUUGCGAGAUACCUCAUCCUAUAGCAUGUAUAGCAAAGAGACAGACAGAGAAGAAGACGCACAACAUAUAUCACCAUGUCCUGUCAUGCCCUCUUUUGUUUGAGCAUCUGUUGCUCGCUGUGCCUACUUGAAUGAGGCUCUGCAGCUGGUAGGCGGUCAUGUCCAUGGGCUGCAGCAGGCUGGCAACAUCGCCAUCUGUGUCUGCAUCUGCUCCUUCUUCCCUCCUGGCCUGCAGUGCCCUGUCCAUCUGAUGCAGCUGCACUUGGAAGCCGAUGUUGGGGUACACCUGCCGGAUCUUGAGCAGCUCGUCGAACGCCUCCUUGUACGUCAUCUGCCGGCUGGACAUGAGCUGCGCUAUCAAUACCGACGCCGACCUCGACACGCCCUUGCCGCAGAGAACCAACACACGACUGAUUUGAUUGACGCCAGCCACAAACAGACAGACGCAGACAGGCAGGAUGUCCAGAGUGUGAUUCGUGGGAGGCUGUUGGGUUUGGGUGGCCUAAGUACCCGCCUUUCUGCUUUGCCUCGCCGAUGAAUGGCAGCGCCUUGACCAGGGAGGGAUACAACAGCUCCUCAGGCAUGUCCUUCACAGGACACACCUGCACACACACACACACACAAACCGACCGAAUGUCUGCCACCUUUCGUUCCGUCAAGUCGCUCCGCUGACCGACCAGGUACUUGAACUUGUCCUCGAACACCGGCUGGAUGGAAUGAUGGACAACGAGGAUGUGCGUGAUGCGGUGCUCCCUCAGCAGAUGAGCAUCUUUGCCUGCUGCUUCUCCGCCGAUGUAGAGGAAGCCCUCGUCGAUGGCGUGGAGCUUCGCCUGAUGCGUUCGUUGGUUGUCGAAAUGAACAAAGAAGGAAAACCUGCUGCCUGAUGUCAUCUUGAAGCUGGCGAUGGAUCGGAUUCAUGACGUUGAGUACCGUUGAGUUUGACUGGCAAAAAUUGAUGCACGCAUCGUCUGUCCAUUGUCAGGAAGCCAUGCUCAUGCACUUUGCCUCACUUGGAUACACAGCGCCCCAUGACAUGCACGGCGGUCUGCUGGCUCAUGCAUGACCAGGGUGGCAAGAAGAAUGCAUGGCAAGGCAGGUGACAUGACACCCACGUGUGGAGCAUGCAUACCGCAGGUGAGAGCUGGCAUUAGCUAGCGUCAUCCAAAACGAUCAAAAGGCAUCCAUCCGACAUUAGCAGGAGAGGGGCGACUUCGCAUCGAUAGAGACCGAAAUGAAUCGCCACACGUACGGAUGCAUUUUUUUACGACUGACAAGCACACUGCCCCCCCUCACUUGGCUUGCACCGUCCACACUACACCACACCGCACGCGCCCAUUGGAUCGAGUCAUUCGGUAGCUGUACAGACAGACACAUCCCCGCCGAAGAGGAAGGACAAGACGGCAGAGAGGCAGGAGAAAC